CGAAUCAUUUACAGUUUGUCGUUGUCCCAGCAGACGAGGCAGACGACCCAUUUGGCAAAUCCUUUCGCACAGUCCACAGCGAGUAUCCGAGCGUGAUGGCGGCCUAUUUGAUCUUGAGCGCACUUUUGCUCGCCAGUCCGGCAACCUGGGGCAAGCCCACCUUUGGCCGUGAGCACGUCCACAUUCGCAUCCAUCUGCCCGAGAGCGGAGGCGGCGGUGGUGGUCAUGAUCAUGGUCACGAUCAUGGCGGCAGCAGCGGCGGCGGUGGCGACUUUUCCGCCUAUGAAGUUCAUGGCGGAGGCGGCGGCGGUGGCGGACAUGGUGGCGGCUAUGGCGGCAGCGGCGGCUACAGCAGCGGCGGCGGCGGUGGCGGACAUGUCAGCACCUUUGCUGUGAUCACCGAGAAUCAUCAUGGCUCCUCGGGUGGCGGACACUUUGGCGGCAGCGGCGGUGGCUAUGGAGGCUACAGCGGCGGCGGCGGUCAUGGUCAUGGACAUGGAGGCGAUGAUGCCAAGCUGGCAGCCAUUGCUGCUGCAGCUGGCUCUUCGCAUGGUGAUGGCGGACAUGGUGGACACUAUGGAGGCGGCGGCGGCGGUGGCGGUGGACACGAUCAUGGUGUGGCUCACAUUGCAGCCAUUGCAGCCAGCGCGGAUGCAUCUGGACAUGGCAGCGGCAGCGGCGGCUAUGGAGGCUACAGCAGCGGAGGCGGCGGUGGUGGACACGAUCAUGGUGUGGCUCACAUUGCAGCUAUUGCUGACGCUUCAUCGCACAGCAGCGGCGGCGGUGGCGGUUAUGGCGGAUACAGCGGCGGCGGCGGCGGUGGCUACAGCUCCGGUGGUGGUCAUGAUGAUGCUCAUCUGGCUGCUGUGGCAGCUGCUUCCGCUUCCUCUUCGUCCUCCUCCUCACAUGGAUCGGGUGACUACAGCAGCUACUCAGCGCCUUCCAGCAGCUAUGGUGCUCCUUCUGCCAGCUAUGGUGCUCCAUCCUCCAGCUACGGUGCUCCUUCCACCAGCUACGGUGCUCCUUCUGCUAGCUAUGGUGCUCCCGCCAGCAGCUAUGCGGCGCCUGCCAGCGGCUGGACUGGCUCCGGCUCCGGCUCGGGCUCCAGCUAUAGCUCGGGUUCUAGCUACAGCUCCAGCUCAAGCUACAGCAGCGGAGGCUACAGCAGCGGUGGACACGAUGACACUGUUGCUGUGGCUGCCAUCUCUGGCGGAGGCGGCGGCGGUGGUGGAUCCGGCCAUGGCGGUGGCAGCGGAGGCGGUGGCUACAGCUACUCGGCACCAGCUGGCGGCUGGUCGAGCGGUGGCUCCAGCUGGAAGUAAGCGUUGAGCGAACUCUCCCUUGGCCAUUGGUCGUCUAGUCUAUGUUCAUGUUCAUGGCCCAUUGGAUACAUACAUAAGUUAUAAGAUUUCGUUCACAUUCAACGUUAGUUCGUCCCCCACCCAGCACCCAACACACACAAACAACCCACAUUUCCCAUAUCCACAUCCAGCAUCCAGCAUCUGCAUCGUAUUUAUAUAACCGCCCAAAAAAGAAAGACAAGAAAAUGGGGAAUCCCCAAACCGAUGUUAUGUCGAUGUACAAAAUAAACUAUGUAGUGUAAUAAGUUAAAAUCAAGCCAAAA